UCAUAUCAAAUAAAUAUGGAAUAUAACUUAAAUUUACUGCGAAGUGAAAAAUAAUAAAUAAAAAUAUAUAAUUAAUUCAUUAGUUUAACAUUUUAGUGAUAACAAUUUGAUUCUGUAUUUUCGCUAUUUAUUUUUUGAGAAACCAUUUUUUAAAAAAUGGUUUGGUUGGAUUCCUGAUAUUUUCACCCACUCAUAGUUAAAGGGAGAGAAAUGUGGUUCCCCCCUUAGAACCAGAAAUGGAGGAAGAAUAUUGGUAACCAAAUCCCGCGACGGAAGGGAAGCGAAGAAGAAGAAGAAGAUCACAAGCCCAAAUGGAUAUACGGCUUCAGUGUUCUGUCAUUUCUUCAGCAUCUUCUUCUCUCUGGUCCAACCCUAUAAUUCGCAGACACCAAACCGCCCUUAAGCCUCUCUGUUCCAGAAGAUACUCCCAACGGCCUUCCCAGCGGAACGGAGAUAAUACCAAUGAUGAUGAUGAUAAGUUGUCAAUAGAUUGGGACAAGGCCUGGUCUAGCUUCAAGAAGAAUGGGAAGAAGACGUUCUUCUCACAGUUUUCACCAGACAGGUAUGUGACCUGGAAUCCUACCCGUUCUAACUACCCGCCAUCUGAAGAAGUUGAUCCCAUAAAGAGAUCAGAGAGGUUGAACCUUAAUCUAUGGACCAGUCCACAGUUCACUAUUGCAGUGACAAUUCUCAUACUAGUGUUUCUUCUGGUUUAUACCGUCGUUUUCCCACUGAAAUGAAAUGAUGUCUGGUUGAACUCAAUGUUGUGAAUCCCUCAUCAUCAUUUGGGUGAAUGGGUAUUGUAUAUUUGUAUGAUAUAGAUUUGUACAAAACAGAACAAUCACAAUUUGCCUUCAAUUAAUUUGCUUUAUUUUC